GGGGCUCACAGUAGUGACGUUUCACGGUCUGCUUUGAGACGAUUUAGGCUAGAAGGGAUUCAGUUUUUAUCAAAUUAACGUCAAAAGUUGAAAUGUUUUGCGUUUUAGCUAACCCUUCCCAUAACAUAGUUAUCCUACGUUAAUUAUCAUAACAUGCUGCGUAAAUUAUCUUAACCUGUUAGUACGAAAAGUCUAAUCUAACAAAAGCUGUAUCCCUUCUAGCCUUAACAGCUUUGAGCUUGUAGACCAGUUUGAGAAAGACUGGGGGAGAAUGGCUGCCAGUGGAGACGUAGGCAAGCUGUUACAAGUACAGAAUGUGACUCCUGCGAACACAACCUACAGUGGGGUUGAUGCCGUUCAUGCCUGUAACAUCCUCCAGCAGCUCAAAGCCUUGUAUGAUGAAGCACAGCUCACAGACAUUGUCGUUGAGGUGGACCAUGGCAAGACAUUUCCGUGUCACCGAAAUGUCCUUGCAGCAAUCAGCCCUUACUUUAGGUCCAUGUUCACCAGUGGCCUUACCGAGAGCAGUCAGAGGGAGGUGCGGCUCAUCGGGGUUGAGUCUGAGUCCAUGCACCAGGUCCUGGACUACGCCUACACGUCCAGAGUCAUGUUGUCCGAGUCCAAUGUCCAGGCCCUGUUCACGGCAGCCAGCAUCUUCCAGAUCCCAGCCCUGCAGGACCAGUGUGCCCUGUUCAUGAUCAGUCGUCUGGACCCCCAGAACUGCACCGGGGUCUACAUGUUCGCAGACGCCUACGGCCACCAGUUGCUGAGGGAGCGCUCCCAGGACUACAUACGCAAGAAGUUCCUGUGUGUGGCACGGGAGCCGGAGUUCCUCCAGCUCACCAAGGAGCAGCUGGUGAGCAUCCUGAACAAUGAUGACCUGAACGUGGAGAAGGAAGAGCAUGUGUAUGAGAGCAUUGUGCGCUGGUUGGAGCACGACAGCCCUCGCAGGGAGACCCACCUGGCUGAGGUGUUUUCUCAAUGCAUCCGACUGCCCCUCCUGGAUGACUCUUUUCUCAGCCGCAUCCCGGCCCCUUUCGCCUGCGCCCUCUCUCUGUCCAGGGAACCUGCCGAAACCAAGGCACGUCUCAACGGCUGCUCUCAGCGCCUGGGCAUGACCGCCUCUGAGAUGGUCAUCUGCUUUGACGCGGCACACAAACACUCAAUGAAGAAGCAGACCGUGCCUUGCCUGGACACUGCUGCUGGGAAGGUGUUCAAGCUCUGCAAGCCCCCCAAUGACCUGCGGGAGGUGGGCAUCCUGGUGUCAUCGGAGAACGACAUCUUCAUCGCUGGGGGCUACCGCCCUAGCAACAGCGAGGUGUCCAUCGACCACCGGGCGGAGAGCGACUUCUGGCAAUACGAGCAUGCAGGGAACCGUUGGCUGGCGCGUUCGCCCAUGCUACGGGCCCGGAUCGGCUGCAGGCUGGUCCACUGCUGUGGGAAGCUGUAUGCCCUGGGGGGCCGUGUGUACGAAGGGGACGGAAGGAAUGCACUGAAGUCAGUAGAGUGCUACGAUGCCAGGGAUAACUGCUGGACUGCCGUCAGCCCCAUGCCUGUCGCCAUGGAGUUCCACAGCGCUGUGGAGUACAGAGACCACAUCUACAUCCUCCAAGGUGAGUACUUCUUCUGUUUUGACCCUCGCAAGGACUACUGGGGCCACCUGUCCCCAAUGAGUGUACCCCGGAGCCAGGGUCUGGUUGCCUUACACAAGAACUCCAUCUAUUACAUCGCUGGCAUUUGCAAGAACCACCAGCGCACCUUCACCAUGGAGGUCUACGACAUCGAACAGAACACCUGGGCCCGCAAGAGGGACCUUCCCUUCGACCAGGCCACCAGCCCCUACAUCAAGGCCCUGCUCCUCCAGGGCAAGCUGCACCUGUUUGUCCGAGCCACGCAGGUCAUGGUGGAGGAACACGUGUUCCGUACCAGCAGGAAGAACUCCCUCUACCAGUAUGACGACGAGGCGGAUGCUUGGACCAAAGUCUACGAGACGCCUGACCGCCUCUGGGACCUGGGCCGCCAUUUUGAAUGUGUGGUGGCCAAACUGUACCCGCAGUGUCUUCAGAAAGUGCUCUGAGAGGACCUUGGGGAAUGGGUGGCAGGUAGCCUAGCAGUUAGAACAUUGGGCCAGUAACCGAAAGGUUGCUGGUUCAAAUACCCGAGCCGGCAAGGUGAAUAUCUCUGUGCCCUUGAGCAAGGCACUUAACCUUAAUUUGCUCCAGCGGCGCUGUACUGAUAAGGCUGACCCUGUAAACGUCACAUUUCACUGGACCUAUCUGGUGUAUGUGACAAACAUUUAUUGGGUUGAACCCCUCCGGGAGGAGGGAGCGUGAGGUCCUGCUUGUCUUGUGCCUGAUGCUGUCCUGUUUUGCACCACAAGGGCAGUCAAGAGUUUAGUCUUAAAGCAUUAACAUAUAAGGUUUAACACGAUCAAAUGGGGGUGCUUUCAAAAGAUUGCAGUAUUUGUGUUUUUUUUUCUUCCACUCAGCACCAAAUACCCAAACUGAUGCUUGUUUUACAGUCCAAUGAAUUAUAAGUGCAAUUAUUAUAUUUGCUUGUUGUUGAGCCAUUUUGUUCCAUUUAAUCUUAAACAUUUUAGGUUAAAAAAAUUACAAUUGAUUGACAUGCAGUUGAUGGAUUGGAUGAAGUACCCUCUAGUUAUGGAACAUGUUAGCAUAAAGUGAAAAUUAUAUAUAUAUAAAUCAUUAAUUUUAUAUAUAUAUAUAUUCAUACGGGUAAGAUGAGCAGUAUUGCUCAUUGGUAGGUUGUUAGCACAGAUUGAGGGUUUUUGUCUGACUUUUGUAUUGAUUUGAAUGCUGAUUGCUCCCUACAGCAAGUUCGUCUUUGUGCAAGUGUUUAUUAGUUGUGUAUGAAGUGUGCUAGUGAUUUAGAUCAAUUUAGUAUUAUUGCCAUGUGUGAUCGGUAUGAUGCUAUUUUAUGAAACUAAUACUUUGCUUUCAAGAGAUGGCCUAAGUUGUCAACCAAUGUGCUAUUUGGCUUCGUUGCAGUUGGAUUUAUACUUUUUGAAUUCGUAGACAAAUGCAAUGGACUCUCAGAGCUGGCAUCCAUUUUGUUGCAACGAGUUUCACAUGCCAAGACAACUUAAGAGAAGUUAUUUUUUAUUUGACUAGGCAAGUCAGUUAAGAACAAAUUAUUAUUUUCAAUUACGUCCUAGGAACAGUAGGUCAACUGCCUUGUUCAGAGGCAGAACGACAGAUUGUACCUUGUCAGCACGGGGAUUUGAACUUGCAACCUUUCGGUUACUAGUCCAACGCUCUAACCACUAGGCUACCCUGCCACCCCAAGUUAGACGAUUCACUCUCCACAUUGGAGAAAUGAGCAGGGCGUCAGAUGUGUGGUUGGCCAAGAUAAGUGUGACAUUUUGAACCAGGCAACAGUUUGCUUUGAUAGCAACUUAACAGAAGUCAGAUAAGGAAUGAAGGGACAUGGUUCAGGCUGAUGCAUUGAUUUGGCCAAAGUGUGGGCAGCUCGCUGCAGAAUUGUCUUUUCUGGGGGGUUUUCAGCAUGUCUGGUAUUCAUUAUAAUCUGCUUUAAAAAGUGUUUGGGUUAACCUACCUCUUACAUGCCAAAAUGCAUUUAAGAACUUUUGUUUCAUCUGAAAAGUUGAUAAAGUUUCAAUUAGCUAUAACUAAGGAAACUUUGAUACAGUUAGGUUGGUCUGGGACGAUACCAGUAUUGUGAUACUUGUUAUUAUGGCAAGGAAACAAAACAUGAAGCAGAUUUAACUUCUUUAGGAUAACAGUUAUAAUGUUGGAAACAGACCUCAUUAUGUUAUCCAGAGUCACCUUUAUUUAUUUUACAAACUAUAGCACAAUAGUUGACAUACAGCAGGUUUUUAAAGGGCCAAAGAGGGUGGUCUGCUUCAUGUUUUCAUUUUUGCCGUUGAUAAAAUAUUGCAAUGCUGGUAUCGUCACAGCCCUACAUUUAGGUUUACGCUAGUUGAAGUGGAUUACAUUUUGUUUUCAAGCUUAAUUUGGGUACUUACCUUUGUUCGUUGAAAUGUUUCAAUAUUUGCCUGUGUGGCUGGCUGCUGUACAGUAGUUGUCAGAGGAGGAGUAAAGUAGAGAUUGUUGGUGUGUAAUUUAGUCCAGAUCCCAUUGUGCCUAUGGGUGGGUGGGGCAUCCAGAUAGUAGUCCUGUGUGUUUUAGCCUGGCGAGGUAGUGUGUCUCAAGUCUUAUUGAUCAUUGCACUGAAUCACUCUUCAACGGUCCGUCACUGCAAACUUGACCAAGCAGCACCCACCUGGACAGAGCAUUACCACAGAGAGUGCUUCUUUUAUACAUGAAUCCAUCUCUAUGCUAUGACAUAAAGAAAAACUAACUAUUGGUGCUGCUUUUUUGAUGAUCUUGUAUAUAUUAAAUAAGUAACAGCAAUUGACUGAUGUUCCCUAUGGAACUGUAACAAAUUCAUUGACGUCAAUUUCCUCAUGCAGGUUCCUGUAUCAUCUUUGCACUACAUAUGAUCAUUUAUUUGAUCUCAUAUUUAAAGCAUUUCCCCAAAAUAUAUCAUUGACCACAAAGCAAUCUUGGGAAAUGCAGUUCUGUCUUCACAGAAUUUCAACUGGAGAUUAGUAUGAAAACGUUAUGUUUGUAGCUGUGGACAUUAACUUUUGUAAAGAAAAAUACUGCACAUCACUUGGCACUGGUUUGAUCUGGCCAGAGCAGUGCCCUCCAUGGGUGAGGAAGGAGAAAAGGGGUUUCCUCAAAUGCCUAAAAACUCACGUGGGAACCAGGAAUGGACAACUCAGGAUUUCUAUUGAUAAACAGUACUGUAUUUAAAUGUCUUGUUUCAUGUGUAAUAUACGUUUGCUGUACUUGCACAGUUUUUUACAACUUUUUUUUCUUUUAUAACUUGAAAAGUAGAUAUGUUAUUUUCAAUGGCUAUUUUUCCAUUUUUUAUGUUUAGUUAUAAUAGAGCGAUUUAAUGUAAAUAUUCAAAGUAGUUUUGCUUUACCAAAACUUCACAAUAAGCAGAUCUGUAACUCCAAUGUUACAUUGUCUCCAACACAUCAGUUUUGUGAAAUACUUAAAGCGUACAACGAAUCAGCCAGUCAAUGUGCUUUUUGUGCAAAAGAUAUAGUUGGCCUUGUGUGGCCAUGCCCAAGCUCAUUUUCAAGCCCUGUAUGUAUGCAUCCUGCAUGGAUGGCUACUACCAGUAAAAUCUUACUGCUUUUCUUUUUGUUUGCUGGUUUGUCUGUAGUUUGGGGAAUAGUGGUGGUUGAGCUCAACUGUGAAAUUCACAUUGCACAUAAUUUGAGAAUAAAAUGACAAGUGAAACCAUA